AUGUCCGAGUCUCAAUCCGUCCCCACCAGCAUCCCCACAAUCAACCUCAGCAAAGCUUCUUCCGACUCUGACUCAUCCAUCCGCGCAGACCUCCUCGCCCAACUCCGCCACUCCCUCCUCGACAUCGGCUUCCUGUACAUAUCCGACCACGGCGUCGACGCCACCAUCGUGGGAAAACUCCUAGCGUUGUUGGCCCCACUGUUCGACCUCCCGGAGCAUGUCAAAUUAUCGGCCUCGCUGAUCAACUCUCCACACUUCCUGGGAUAUAGCUCGUUUGGCCACGAAACCACAGCCGGGAGCCAGGACCAGCGCGAACAGUUCGAAUUCGCAAACGAAGUGUCGAUUCAGGAUGGAGACGAUGGCGAUGCCCUGUCCACGCGCCUGCUGGGCCCGAACCAGUGGCCCGUGGCCAGUGACGACGUCGAGGCCGCGGCUGUGGUGGUGGGACGCUUAAAGGCCGCAGUCGAAGCGUAUGUCUGUGAGAUGCAAGCUCUGAGCACCAGGUUUCUGAGCCUCGUGGAGGAGGCUCUCGAGGUGGAGAGCGGCGUCCUGCAGCGUUUCACCGGCCCCCAGCAUCGGCUCAAGGUCGUGCAUUAUCGGAGCCGGUCAUCUGGCUCUGGGGACCCGGCUGCUGUCGCAGACGAGUCUCCAAAGAGCGGUCACGUUCCAUCGGGCUGGAUCCAAGGCGUAGGCCCUCAUAAGGACUCCUCCGGCUGGAUGACGUUUUUGCUGCAGACGCAACCACCACCACCGCAAGCCAAAGAACAAGAACAACCCUCGCACGUUGCUGCGUCAUCGACGGGUUCUGGCACCGGGAGCUCCGGCGGCAGCAUCGCCGGCAGGGGCCUGCAAGUCCUCACCAAAUCCGGCAGCUGGAUCGACGUCCCGCCCAUGCCGGACACCUUUGUCGUGAACAUGGGCCAAGCCUUCGAGGUGGUGACCGACGGCCUGUGCAAAGCGACGACGCACCGCGUGUUGCUCCCAUCCGGCUCGUUUGAGCGGUAUAGCGUGCCAUUCUUCCAGGGCGUGCAGCCGCAGCUAGCAAAGCGCGACUUUAUGAGCUUGUGGGCGCAGUUUGACGAACGGAGGCACAGAUGGGGCGAGGGACUUGAGAGCGACGAGGCGAGGAAUGUCGAUAGUCCGUUCUUGAAGGGGAAGUACGAGACUUGGGGGGAGGCGCAGUUGAGGACGAAAAUCCGGAGUCAUAGGGACGUGGGCAAGAAAUGGUAUCCUGAUGUUUAUGACAAGUAUGUCAACGACGAUGCCUAG